UGGAAUCCGCCAUCUUUCCUGCGCUCGUCUAUUACGUCAUCGAACAGCGCUUCACGUUUCCUUCAUAAAAUAGUUUCUCGUUCAUACCUCUUGUAAUUAUUAUUUUGCCUAUCACAUACAAUUGUAUUUAUUUAAUAUCAUUUCCAGUUGACCAGGGUUGUAUCUGAAAUUUGCAUUUCAACACAAUUGCGGAAGUAAACCGGAUGUUGUCGUCGCAACUAGCAUUAGCUAGCGUUUUGACAACAAAGUCCGAGGCCCUGUGAAUGAUAAAUAUUUAUUCCUUUUACUGCAUCGACUGACUGUGGAUUUCAACAUCACGUUACGUGUGGUAAUCCGUUUUAUUAUUUAUUACAUGUUAGGCUGCCAGUUUGAAUCGCUAACGGCGAUUUAGCACUAGCACACGACACGAGCAGCUCAAGAUGUCAGAGGAGCACCUGUUGACGUCAGAGGAGCAAACUGUGUCUUUGGUGGACGUCUUGCAGGAGGACGAGGAGUUGGAAGAAGAAGCUUCUGCUGUGUUGGCGGGAAGUGACCCGGAUCACUGCUCGUAUCCUCAGGGUUACGUGAAGCGGCAGGCUCUGUACGCAUGCAACACAUGCACACCAAAAGGCGGCGAAGCUGCCGGUGUGUGUUUGGCGUGUUCGUAUAAAUGUCACGAAGGUCAUGACCUGUUUGAGCUCUACACCAAGAGGAACUUCCGCUGUGAUUGUGGAAACAAGAAAUUUGCAGAUGUUCGAUGCAAGCUUUCUCCCGACAAGGAUGAUGUCAACACUCUGAAUAAAUACAGUCAUAACUUUUUUGGAGAGUACUGUACUUGCCGUCGGCCGUACCCUGACCCAGAAGACCAGGUUGAAGACGAAAUGAUUCAGUGUGUAUUAUGUGAGGACUGGCUGCACGGUCGGCACCUGGGCUGUGAAGUUCCAGAUUGUGUAGAGCUACAAGAGAUGAUCUGUGAGUCAUGUAUGACGAGAAACACAUUCUUGUGGUGCUAUGCUUCCCACCUGGCAGUUCCGGCUCCUGCAGUUGAGUCUGAGGCAAAGGGGACAGGUGCAUACCUGGACGUGUCUGAUAAGGUUGACGACAUCGCUGAGCCGAGCUGCAAAAGAGUUCGUCGGGAGGAGCAGGAGGAUCCUGUAUGCAGACUGAAGCAGCUUCAAGCCAUGGAUGUUAAGCGAGUCCAGUCUGGAGCGGUAUUUUGGCCGUCGGGGUGGCGCUCAAAGCUGUGCCGUUGCAACGCCUGCCAGGAGAGUCUGUCGAAAGCGGGUCUCUCCUUCCUGCUGGAUGAGUUGGACACAGUCCUCGCUUACGAGAACAAAGGAAAGAGUGAGGAACAGCACAAGCAAAGUCACGACCCUCUGAUGUCGGCACUAGACAACCUGAACCGAGUACAGCAGCUGGAGAUCAUCCACGGAUACAACGACAUGAAGAGCGAACUGAAAGACUUCCUGCAGAGGUUUGCUGCAGAAGGAAAGGUUGUGACGUCUGAUGACAUUCGGGAGUUCUUCGAGCAGCAGCAAAGUCGCAAAAGAAGACAAGUUGACGGACGCUUCGACUGUGCCUGACGCCCUCCGACCUUUUCCCGAUGUCCUCUUGCUGUCUGUUUCGUGGCUUUUAUUGAUGUAGAAUGCUUUUUGUUCACUGUUCAUUUCAGGGGUCAAAGGUCAGUGAUUCCUUUUUAAUGAAAAAUAAAAAGUCAGCACCUGUGAAGUUUGUGUCGUCU